GACAAGUUCGCGUGAAACAAGAAGCAAGUGCCUGGUUUUCUCUCGCACGCCCUAGAAAGAGAAACAGCACGCACGGACGCAUCCAUGGAAGAAGUAGAAGAUGAAGUAGAAGAAGAGCCUGUGAUACAGGCGAAAGAUCGAGACUUUGCCAAAUUCGAUCAUGGGUGCGAGCACUACCGGAGGCGUUGCAAGAUCCGAGCUCCGUGCUGCGAUCGGGUCUUCGCGUGUCGCCACUGCCACAACGAGUUCACGAACUUGCUGAGCAACCCGAAAGAUCAUCAUGAGCUGGUGCGGCAUGACGUGAAGCAGGUCAUCUGUUCUGUUUGCAACACGGAGCAAGAGGCUGCUCAAGUUUGUUCGAAAUGCGGUGUCAACAUGGGAGAAUAUUUCUGUGGAAUUUGCAAGUUUUAUGAUGACAACACCACAAAGAUGCAAUUUCAUUGUGAGGAAUGUGGAAUUUGUAGAGUUGGGGGUAGGGAAAAUUUCUUCCACUGUCCAAAGUGCGGAUCUUGCUAUAUGAUGUCGUUACGCAAUAAUCAUGUAUGCGUGGAGAAUUCAAUGAAGAGCUAUUGCCCUGUAUGCUAUGAGUAUCUAUUUGAUUCAAUCAAAGGAACAACGAUCUUGAAUUGCGGACACACAAUUCAUAUGGACUGUUUCCAAGAAAUGACAGACCAAAAUCAGUAUCGUUGUCCCAUAUGCUCAAAGACAGCUCGAACAAUGUCUGAAGUUUGGAGGAUGCUGGAUUCCGAGAUCGCGGCAACAGUCAUGCCUGAAGAAUAUCAGUAUGAGGUUUCAAUUCUUUGCAAUGACUGCAACAAAACGGGCAAAGUUCCAUUUCACAUUUUUGGGCUGAAGUGCAGCGAAUGCCGUUCAUACAAUACUCGAAGAAUAUCAGCUGCAGACCAUCAGUAAGAUGAUUCAGGCAAAAGAAUUCACGUGGAAACAAAUGUGAAAAUUGAGCCUGCGGUCCUCGCACAACUUAGGAAAUCCCGGACUCAAAUACCCAGAUCUUUGCUCUCUCAUUUAACAUCGGCCUGGGUGGUGCUUCUUCAGGAGUUCUUGGCGCUAACCCAUUACAGCACUCACACCAACUCUUACGAUCGUCAGUCGACAAUUGAUUAGUCCACCUGCCAAUUUCUUCAUUAGCAAUAUGUUAGAUUGGGGAAUGAAUUUUUCGAAGCAGUUGCCAUAGUCGUUGAUACUUUUUCGCAAUCAAUUACUUUUUCCCUGUUCCGUUGCCCAAAACUAUUAGCGGCCCCGCAAAAGUUGCUACUGCAGGAUUAGGCCGAUUUUGUUGUAUGAUUGCAUCCUUUGUUGUGAUGUAUAUCAUUCGCGAUCAUCUGCUUA